AUGACUAGCAGCGCGGGCAACAAGGAGUUUCGCGACCAGCUGGGUAAGUUCCGCCUCGAGCCCCUCACUGGCUCGUCCCCCGCGCCCUGGUCGCAUUCCCCGACAAGCGUUCCUCCGCAAUCCUCCCAGCGACCGCACCAGCCAUCGUCCGCCUCGCCGCUUCAGCCCCCGCCGCCCGGCUGGUCGUCCACUCCCGACUCCACGUCGGCCGCGGCCUCGCGCAGCAAGCGUGUAUCGACGGCAUGCGACUUCUGCCGCAAACGAAAGAAGAAGUGUGACUUCCAGUACCCCAACUGUUCUGCCUGCACCCGCGCGGGGCUCGAGACCUUACAAAAACGAGUGCGAUGGUUGGAGGAGGUGGUGCGCCGCAAGUCGGGCAUCUCCGUGGCCGAUCUGGCCACCGGGACCCCGGUGGAUGGCGAGGGGGACCCGGACUGGUGGUACCAGGUGCCGGCGAUGAUUGCGACCGGCAAUCGCCCCUCGAUGGCCUCGUUGCCCAGUCCCGCGGGCAGCGGUGCUUCGUUGGGGACGGGGCCAGCCGCCGCGUUGGAAUCCUCCACUGGUGUGGGCGCCGAGCUGCCCAACGUCGGCGAGAUCUUUCGUGAUCAGCUGGAGCACCGCCGGCCGUCCGUCGCGCGGCCGGCUUUGGCUCCGCGCGUGCUGCGCUUGUCCUCACUCGAGGAAGCCGAACAGGUAGUGAGCCAGUACUUCGAUAGCAUGGGCUAUCAGUACCCGUUCAUGUCCCGACCCGAGUUCAUCGCCCAUUUGCGCCACAUCUACGCAGGCGGCGUACCGACCCCCGAGGUGCAUAAUGCCUAUCAUAUCGUUAUCGCCACCUCGUUGCUGAUCGGCUCGGCGGAGCCGGCGCGGGCCGCCGAGUUUUACCAUGCGAGCCAGGAGACCCUGUCGCUUGCCCUGCAGAAUGAGGAUUUGCCCGCCAUUCGUGCGCUGCUCGGCUUGGCCCUGUAUACGAUGUUUGCGACCUCGGGUCCCAGCAUCUGGCAUGUCCUCGGGGCCACCUUGCGACUGGCGAUCAGCAUGGGUCUGCACAAAGCACGAUCAUACGCCAGCCUGAUGGAGGAAGAAAUGGCGAAGCGCGCCUUCUGGAGCUUGUAUAACCUAGACCGGCUCAUUGCCAGCACCCUAGGCCGGCCUCUGGGGAUUGCGGACGAAGACAUCAGUGUGGGUCUUCCACGCGAGGUGAAUGAUGACGGAAUGGAAGCGCCCGGUGCUAGUGCGAUGACCAUUCCGCUGCAGGUGAUGCGUCUCCGACGGAUCUUUUCUCGCAUUUACCGAUACUUAUACAGCAGUCUCCCCCAGCCUCCCCCGCAGGAGGUUGCCGCUACACUGGGUCAAUUCCGUCGCGAGGUGGAUGACUGGCGCAUGGCGGCCCCAGUGUAUCCUUCGGCACUCCUCUACUCGACGUCUUACUACGACUACCUGUACUAUACCACCUUGCUUCUCAUGUAUCGCCCGAGUCCGCGCAACCCGACCCCUGACGCAACCAGCAUUGUCAGCUGCGGCGAUUCGAGUAUCCAGGUGAUUCGGUCUUAUUGGAAUAGUUACUCAGUGGGCAAACUGAAGUGGAUUUGGUUGACGCUGAGCCAACUUUAUUUCGCGGGUAUCACCAUUCUGUGGUGUCUGGAGCAGAAUGCCCGUUCCUUACGGGAAUCGCGCCCGGCCCCAUGGCAUCCCGAUGAGCUGAUGAUGCGUCGUGGGAUUCAAGCAGUCGUCGUGCUACUCGAAGAGUUUGGCAAACGGCGGCCCGGCGUAGAUCGACUAGCCGAGACAUUCCAUCAGCAGAGCACGGUGAUCUUCAGCCAAAUGGCAUAUCAACAGCAGCAACUGGAACACCAGCAUCACCAGCACCAGCACCAGCACCAGCAAGUGCAGCCUCUCUUGCCACCCCAGCCUUCUGUCACCCUGGCUCCUCCACCUCCCCCUCCUAUUCCUUUGGCCCCCGUUCUCGAUGAUGUGCUGCUGGUCGACGACAGUGGCACCAUGCCGAUGAUUGAUCCUCAGAUGGCAGAGCAACUUUUCUACUCAUACAACUGGUUCCAGGAGGAGAUGGCAAGCUACUAUACCCUUUGA